AUGGACGCCGCGCGCGCGGGGCGUCGUGAGACUUUUCCACCCAUCGACGCCCGCGAUCGCGUCUCGCGGGCCACGACCGGCGCGUCUCGCGUCCCGCACACGCGCGCGCGCGACCGCGAGCGUUCGCCCGCGCGUGCGAUGCCGCCGAAGAAGCGCGCGACGGCGGAGGCGGCGGUGGAGAACGAUGAGGAGGAAGAACUGCUGGAUUACGACGACGUCGCGAACGCCGCGGGGACGAACGCGCCGGGCGACGCCGUGGACGACACCGCGGACGGAACGACGGCGAAGAAGGGGUACGUCGGGAUUCACUCCACGGGAUUCCGUGAUUUCUUGUUGAAACCCGAGUUGCUGCGAGCGAUCGUCGAUUGCGGGUUCGAGCACCCGAGCGAGGUUCAACACGAGUGCAUUCCGCAGGCGAUCUUGGGGAUGGACGUGCUGUGUCAGGCGAAGAGUGGGAUGGGUAAGACGGCGGUGUUCGUCAUCACCGUCCUGCAACAACUCGAACCGACGCACGGAGAGGUCGGGGCGGUGAUUUUGUGUAACACGCGAGAGUUGGCGUAUCAAAUUUCGCACGAAUUCGAGCGAUUCUCGACGUUUCUCGGGGACGUGACGACGGCGGUCGUGUUCGGAGGGAUUCCCAUCAAUCAACAGAGGGAACAAUUGAAGUUGAACCCGCCGAACAUCGUCGUCGGGACGCCGGGGAGGUUGAAGGCGCUCGCGAACGACGGGACGCUCAACCUGAAGAAGUGCGCGCACUUCGUCCUGGACGAGUGCGACAAGAUGUUGGAAGAGCUCGACAUGCGCUCGGACGUGCAGGAAAUUUUCAAGGCAACACCGCACGACAAACAAGUGAUGAUGUUCACCGCGACGCUUUCCAAGGAGCUCCGCGCGUUGUGCAAGAAGUUUAUGAAUGAUCCCAUGGAGAUCUUCGUCGACGACGAGACCAAGCUCACGCUUCACGGUUUGGUGCAGCACUACGUCAAGCUCGAGGAGGCGGAAAAGAACCGCAAGUUGAACGAUCUGUUGGACUCCCUCAUGUUCAACCAGGUCGUCAUCUUCGUCUCGAGCGUAUCGCGUUGCAAAGCCUUGGACAGACUCCUGCGAGAGUGCAACUUUCCGUCAAUCGGCAUUCACGGCGACAUGAAGCAAGAGGAGCGUUUGGCGUGCUACAAGUCCUUCAAGGAUGGCGACAAGCGUAUCUUAGUCGCAACUGAUCUCGUCGCUCGCGGGAUCGACAUCGAGCGCGUGAAUAUCGUGAUCAACUACGAUAUGCCCUCCAGCGCGGACACGUACUUGCACCGCGUCGGUCGCGCCGGCCGCUUCGGUACGAAGGGCCUCGCCGUCACCUUCGUCGCCUCCUCCGAGGACACCGAUGUCCUGGCUUCUGUGCACGAGCGCUUUGAGGUCAAGAUCGAAGAGCUUCCGGACGAGAUAGACCAAUCCACGUACAUGCCGAGCUAG